CUCAGAGACGGUACUUUUCUAUCUUCUAGCGUAUGCCACUCAGCUAUAUAUAAAUAUACCAUUCUAGGGUUAGGGUUAGGCACCAACCAAUACAAAGCUAGCCUUUUUUCCCUCUUAUGCUUUUUCUUUUUGAGUUUGGAAGAUAGAAUUGCUCAUAAAAGGAAACUCCAUCUUUGGAGCUUCCAUUAACAGCAUACACAAGAUCAAUCAAUCAAACUAUCUAGGUUUUUUUUCCCUCAUUUUUUUAAUUGAAGCAUGAAGAAACGCCAAGUUAUAGUGAAAAAAGAUGGGUCAGGAAGAAGCUCAAGUACUUCAUCAUCAAUGGUGAGAAGUGUGAGAUAUGGAGAGUGCCAAAAGAAUCAUGCUGCAAGUAUGGGAGGGUACGCUGUGGAUGGAUGUAGAGAAUUCAUGGCCAGCGGAGAGGAAGGGACUACACAGGCCUUAACUUGCGCCGCUUGUGGUUGUCACCGCAAUUUCCAUAGAAGGGAAGUGGAGACUGAGGUCGUCUGUGAGUAUUCUCCACCCAAUUGAAUUGCUUUCUCAUAUUAUUCCCCCCAUUUUAAAUAGUUUACCUAGAAAAAGUGUGAAUAGAGGUCAGCUCUGUGUGGGAAAAAGAAAAAAAAAAAAAUUAGAUUGAUUGUGGUUUCCAUUCAGAAAUUGCUCGUUGUAAAUCUUCAUUGUCAAGUACACAUACCAACUUUUGGUAUAGAUAAAAAAAAAUAUCAAGAUCUCCGUUGUUGUGUUUCUUGAGAGAUAUUAAUGGGCUAAAAAUCAAUAUAUGGGUCUUCAAGUCUUUGAAUUUUCUGUAAGAAGGUGAAUAAAAAACUAAUUUCAGUUCUAUAUAUGCUGUCUUUUGAUUA